AUGACUUCUAUAUGUGACAUUAAUGAAUAUGUAAUGAAACCUCACCAAUUACACGAAAGACUGUCGAUCAAGGAAUGGGAACACAUAAAUAAUGAUAUUGUUAUUUUGCUUGCUAGCUCAUUUUGCCUUGACGAAAACACACUGAAAUAUGUCUGCAAAUUUAUUACGCUAGAUACAUACAGGAACCUAAUUCAUGCUAGAAAUAUAAAUGGGCGAUGUGCUUACCCAAUGUGUCAAUCACAUAUUAAUACCGCUAGUACUAUGAGCUAUAGUACAGUGGACAACAUAUCUCAAUAUUGCAACGAUUUUCACUUUGAUUGUUCGCAGUUUUUGCUCACCCAAAUCAAUAAAACUCCAUUAUACGAAAGAGUUGAUUUACAUAUGUUUAAAACCUACAAUACAGGGGAACAGCAAGAAAACCAUAAAAUUUCCGAUGUUACUUUACUGGAAGAACUUAUAAGAAAUAAGUCAACCGACAAUGAUAUUUUUGAUAUGUUGAAGGAGAUAACAGCCUUCCAAUUGAAAUAA